UCCGGCGGCACCGCGUCGGAGAGGCGGUUGCGGGAGAUGUUCAGUGUGCCGGCCAGCGCCUGGAGCUUGCCGAGCUCAGGCGGGAUGGCGUCCGUGAGGGAGUUGGACGACAGGUCGAGCACCUCCAGGCUCUCCAUCUGCGGCAAGGCGGCGGCCGGUAUGUGACCGGAGAACCCAUUGUUUGCAAGGAGCAGCCGCUGCAGCUGCCUGCAGCGCCCGAGCGCCGGCGGGAAGGCGCCGGUGAGGUUGUUGUCGUAGAGGAAGACGGAGCGCAGGGACGUGGCGAUGGACAUGUCCCUGGAGGCGCAGGAGUUCAAGCAGGUGGUGGACGAGAUCAUCCCGCUCAUCGGCGCGGCCAACGUGUGGGACUACCUGCCGGUGAUGCGGUGGCUCGACGUGUCCGGCGUGAGGAGCAGGAUCCUGGCCACGGUGAGCAGGAGGGACGCCUUCCUCCACCGGCUCAUCGACGCCGAGCGGCGGAGGAUGGACGAGGGCGGCGCCGGCGACGAGGGCGAGAAGAAGAGCAUGAUCGCCGUGCUCCUCACUCUGCAGAAGACGGAGCCGGAGCUGUACACUGAUCAGAUGAUCAUCGCUCUGUGUGCGGUAAGUCACUUUUCCACUUGGUUGCUUCUCACAUACCCGAGUACUUCAACUGUCAGUUUCUUCAUUAAGGACAUUGGCAAUUUGGCAUCAUCAGUAGAUAGUGGUCAUCAGAUAGCAACAACUCGACCUGACGCCGACGACGUGCCCCGCCUCAGCUACCUCCAGUGCAUCAUCAACGAGACGCUACGCCUGUACCCGGCGGCGCCGCCGCUGCUGCCGCACGAGUCCUCCGCCGACUGCAAGGUCGGCGGCUACGACGUGCGGAGCGGCACCAUGCUGAUCGUGAACGCGUACGCCCUCCACAUGGACCCGGCUGUGUGGGAGGACCCGACGGCGUUCCGCCCGGAGCGGUUCGAGGACGGCAAGGGCGACGGGCUGCUGCUGAUGCCGUUCGGGAUGGGGCGGCGGAGGUGCCCCGGCGAGGCGCUGGCGCUGCAGACGGUCGGGGUGGUUCUCGGGACGUUGGUGCAGUGUUUCGACUGGGACCGGGUAGACGGCGUGGAGGUGGACAUGACGGAGGGGGUGGGGAUCACCAUGCCCAAGGCCGUGGCUUUGGAGGCCGUGUGUAGGCCGCGCGCGGCCAUGCGCGAUGUUCUUCAGAAGCUCUGAAGGAUCGAACUUCUUGGCAUCUCAUAUGUACAGUAGUUUCCAGUAGCAUUGGCCCAUA